GAGGAUGCAUGUGGUUUCAGAGCUGGAUGAACGAUCGGAGGCGGAUCCAGCCACAGAUCCGCUGUGUGUGAGAGGAGGAGGACCGGGGAGGCUGUCACCCACCGGAGAGAGAGAGAGAGAGAGGGGGACCGGGCUCAGGAUCAGGAUGCCAUAUGAGGCCGACGACAGCUGGAGCUUCACUGCACACCGCUGGAUGUACAGCAGCUCCUCUCUGCACAUCUGUCCCGGAGACUGAGAACUUGUUGGUGGCCUCAACUCUGUGGACCUUUAGCUCCGUCAGUUUCUUCUCUCUGUGCAGGGAGAGAAAGAGCUCAGAGGCCGAGACCUGGCGGUGUAUGGACCUGCAACAAGUGUGUUUAGGUCGGUGAGGCCCGAACCUCUGCUCUGCUACGAUGCUGAACGACAUAAAAAUCGAGGACCGUGUGCGGAGCGACGCCAGCUGUCUGGACGGGCUGAUCGGCGCUGCCUCCCCCCUGCAGGCCGUGUGUGAGGGCUGCACCCGGAUCAUCUCGGACCGCUUCCUGCUGCGGGUCAACGACGCGUCCUGGCACGAGGACUGCCUGCAGUGCGCCGCGUGCCAGCGGCCUCUCAGCGCCACCUGCUACUGCAGAGACACCAAACUGUACUGCAAGAGCGACUACCAACAGUUGUUUGCAACUAAGUGUAGCGGCUGCCUGGAGAAAAUAGCACCGACAGACUUUGUAAUGCGAGCUCCAGAGAGUGUUUACCACGUCAGUUGCUUCUGCUGCUUCAUCUGUGAACGCCAGCUGUGCAAAGGAGAUGAGUUUGUCUUAAAAGAAGGUCAGCUGCUGUGCAAAAGUGACUAUGAGAGGGAGGGGGAUUUUUUCAGCACAGUCAGUCCAGAGAACUCGGACUCAGAUAAAAGUGAGGGUGAGGAUUUGGACAUGAAGUCAGAGAAAUUCCCUGCAGCAGGAAAAGGCUGUGAAGACAGCAAAGACUCUCGUAGGCCAAAACGGCCUCGCACUAUCCUCACCACCCAGCAGAGGAGAGCCUUUAAGGCCUCAUUUGAGGUCUCCUCCAAACCCUGCAGAAAGGUAAGAGAGACUCUGGCUGCAGAGACUGGACUCAGUGUUCGUGUGGUGCAGGUGUGGUUCCAGAACCAGAGAGCUAAGAUGAAGAAGUUAGCCCGCAGACAACAACAACAGCAGGAGCAACACAACAGCCAAAGGCUAGGCCAAGAGGUGAUAUCAGGAUGUAUGGAGGACCUGCUCAGCUCAUACUCAGGGUCUUUACAUCCAAGCCAGCAGCAGCAGCAGCAGCUGGUGACCAUGGAGCACGGAAGAUACAACGCUGACCCCUUCCAACAGGGUCUCACCCCACCACAGUUGCCUGGUGACCACAUGAAUCCCUACGGUACUGAAUCUGCCUUCCAUGACAUUGACAGUGACACCUCUCUGACAAGUCUAAGUGACUGCUUUAUGGCCACUUCAGAUGUAGGGUCCUUGCAGGCACAGGUGGGGAACCCCAUCGACCGCCUUUACUUCAUGCAAAGCUCCUACUUUGCCUCCUGAAACCCUGCCGUGGACAGUGAGGACCCAAUAGUGUACACACAAGACACGCAAAGGCAACCAAGUCGUGCUGCAAGACAGGACUCAAUAAGCAGGAGGUACUAGUGCUGGACCGAAUAUACCCAAUCCACCUGACUGAGCUACGUCAGCCAAAGGAAAAAGAAGCAGAAACUUCCACAAUCCCACUGAUGUUUGCAUUCGGAUUUUGAUGCAGCAGAUUAGCUUUUUUUGCUGUGUUCGUUUUGUUGGAAAGACAGCGGACAAUAUCUGUACAGACACAGCAGAAGGGUUUAUCAGUGAUGUGAAGUGUGAGACUAGUUUCAAUAAGAGAUUUGCUGGAAAUUUCAUCGAAAUCAAAGUGUCAUUAGGCUACACAUUUCUUUUUAGACAACACUAUAUUUACACAGAUAUCACUGUAAGUUGGUUUUAAUGGGAACAUUAAGUAAUAUUGUUUUGGUGAUGUGAUUUUAUUACACUACCAAGCUGUUCUGGUGUAAAAUUCAAAUGGUCUGUGAGCUCGCUGACUGAUACCUGUUGCUGAAUGUAUAUAAUGUAAUAUCUGUAAUUAGUGCUCUUGAGAAACACCAGUUGUGCAUGUUAGAAUGAACAGCAAGUUAUUUAUUUCUCACCAGCCUGUAAAACAAUACAUUUUCAAAUAAAUUUUCUAUUUAUAAAAACAAUAUGAUUCCAGUGCAAAGUACAAGAAACAAACAUGUCACUGAUUAUUUUAAUUUGCUAUUUAUCAAAGUGUUGUGUCAUUUUAAUGUCUUUGCAAAUUAGUAUAGUUUCACUAUUUAGUUUUCCAUGGAGAUCUGGCCAUUAUCCAGGAUGCAUUGUAAAGUUACUGCCUUAUCAAAAGUGUUGGUACUGCAAAUAAACAAUACAUUCGCUUGAA